AGACUCUGACACACACCUCCAACAACACGCAGAUAUCUCCAGACACACUCAGAUAUGUCUCUGACAGCCGCCGCCGCCUCUCCUAAUCUCACCGCCCCAAACCCCUUCCUCUCCCGUACCACCCUUUUCAAGCCUUCCCAACUCCUCACCCUCCCCAGAACUUCCAGAACAUUAAUCUCCGCUGUCUCCUCAACAAUCUCCUCCUCCGACUGGGCCGUGGACUCAUGGAAAUCCAAGACGGCCCAUCAGCUCCCGGUUUACCCCGACCCGGACGAGCUCCGGUCCGUGUUGACCACCCUGGAGACGUUCCCGCCAAUUGUGUUUGCUGGAGAGGCCAGGCGGCUGGAGACCUUGCUGGGCAAGGCGGCUCAGGGUGAGGCCUUUUUGCUUCAGGGUGGGGAUUGCGCUGAGAGCUUCAAGGAGUUUAAUGCUAAUAAUAUUAGGGAUACCUUCAGAGUGUUCUUGCAGAUGGCCAUCACUUUGAUUUAUGGGGCCCAAAUGCCAGUCAUCAAGGUUGGGAGAAUGGCAGGUCAAUUUGCAAAGCCUAGGUCUGAUAAUUUUGAGACUAGAGAUGGCGUGAAGCUCCCAAGUUAUCGCGGAGACAAUAUCAAUGGUGAUGCUUUUGAUGAGAAAUCAAGAAUACCAGACCCACAAAGGUUACUUAGAGCAUAUCUACAAUCUGUUGGUACACUGAAUCUCCUCAGAGCUUUUGCCACUGGUGGUUAUGCUGCAAUGCAGAGAGUCUCAGAUUGGAAUCUUGACUUCGUGGAGCAUAGUGAGCAAGCAGACAGGUACAUGGAACUUGCACAGCGAGUGGAUGAAGCUAUUGGAUUCCUUAGUGCUGCUGGGGUUACUCAGAACAAUCCAAUCAUGAAUACAAUUGAGUUUUGGAUAUCUCAUGAAUGCCUCCAUUUACCAUAUGAGCAGGCCUUGACUAGGGAGGAUUCAACAUCUGGCCUAUACUAUGAUUGUUCUGCCCACAUGCUUUGGGUAGGGGAGAGGACUCGACAAUUGGAUGGUGCACAUAUUGAAUUCCUUCGUGGUGUAUCCAAUCCUCUUGGCAUUAAGGUGAGUGAUAAGAUGGACCCAACUGAGCUUGUGAGACUAUGUGAGAUUCUUAACCCUCAUAACAAACCUGGUAGACUGACAAUAAUUACCAGGAUGGGAGCAGAUAACAUGCGGGUAAAGCUCCCCCAUUUGAUAAGAGCUGUCCGCCAGGCAGGGCUUAUCGUUACAUGGGUCAGUGACCCCAUGCAUGGGAACACAAUAAAGGCUCCGUGUGGGCUGAAGACACGGCCAUUUGAUUCAAUCAGGGCUGAAUUGAGGGCUUUCUUCGAUGUCCAUGACCAAGAGGGGAGCUAUCCUGGAGGAGUGCAUCUGGAAAUGACUGGGCAGAAUGUAACUGAGUGCAUCGGAGGGUCAAAGACUGUGACUGUAAAUGACUUGAACUCCCGAUACCACACACAUUGUGACCCCAGACUGAACGCAUCGCAGUCACUUGAGUUGGCCUUUCUAAUAGCAGAUAGGUUGAGGAAAGACAGGUUGAAAAGAUCAUCUAGGACUGAUUCUCAGAUGAGUGGCAGUGCUUCAGUGUAAUUAAGCUUCUACAAUUGAGUUGUUGUUCCUUGGAUUUAGGUGUCUUUAUUUUGGGACUUCUAAAAAGGGUCUUGUAAGGAUAAUGACAUUUUUGUGAACAUGAAUGGUUUGCGCCUUGAGCAAUGAGGGUUUUAUUUAGAUUUCAUUUUGGUUAUGAAUCCAUAACUAGAACAGAUGUAUAAGAAGUCUUGAGAACCAAAUAAAGGAUCAAUCUUA